UGUGGCAGAUUUUCGUUUGAAACUUGUUGCCAUACUGCACUCGCCCAAGCAGCUAGCAGAGAGAAGGCUAACAUUAGCCAGCAAGCAGUUCAGCAGCUGUAGCUCGUAAAAAAUCGUGCUUCGUCUACAAAUCAAUGACAAGCACACCACAUUUACAAAUAUGCUGCCUGGAUCGUGACUGCUAAUUGUCUAUUUCCUCCCGUCUUUAUCGCCUUUAACACUUCGUGAAGUUAUCAGUGAUCCGAAACGCUUGAAACUUAACUGUGGGGCAAUGGACGCAGAUAGACUCAAGCGAAGAGAGGAAAUCCAGAAAGCAAUGAGUUUUAUCCAGUCUUCAUUGCCUUUCCCCGAGCCAGAGAAUUAUGAGGCUUUUCUGACCCAGUUGGUGUGUAACCUCCUGGACGAGGGUAACGCCUGCUUCCGACACGACGGUGACUGUCGUCAGGCAGCCCAGCAAUACGGAGAAGGGAUCAGUGUCGCCCGUUACGCCCAGGCUGAGGCCCUCAUCAUCCCCCACAAGCUGCUGGAGGGCCUCUACGUCAACAGGGCAGCUGCCUUCUACCAAAUUAGGGAAUUCGAUCGCGGCAUUCAGGACUGUGAUAGUGCGCUGUUUGUAUCCGAAGGUAGUCGCAAGGCUCUCUACCGCAAGGCGCUGUGCCUGAGAGAAAUGGGACGACUCAGAGAGGCGUACGAGUGCGGCACCAAAUGUCUCCUCACAGAACCGCAUGACCGACAGGUAUGUGAUUUAGCUCAGGAUCUGGCCAAUAAGCUGGGCCUUAAGGGCCGUAAAGCCUACAUCAGCCAGACCGAGUCCACGACCACGGAGGGAGAGAGUCUUGGCGAGACAUCCCCGCCCACUGGGGAGUCGUCUUCCAAUGGGAUGGAGUCUAUGGGCGACAUGGGACCAGCAGACUUGUCCAACGCCCAGUGCAUCCCGGCCCCCCUGGCCACACCCAUCCCAGUCAGCGACGAUCCCGCCGUCCUGACGCCGUGCGCGGACCUGUCGGAGAGCCCCGGCAGCCAGUCCCUGCCGCCGAUGCCGUACUCUGUGCCCGUGUCCGAACACAUGGACGAAUGCGGCAGUGUGAUCAAGGACGAGCUGGACUGUCUCCUGGAAAGCAUCCCCAAGAAAGUCAGUGAGGGUCCUGCAGGCGCCAUCCCCACCAACCUACCAAACACAGCGGUGGGUCUGCGGCCCCCUUACUCCCCCAACCUGCCCGCCCCGUCAGCCCAGCUCGCCCCCACCUUCUUCAGCUCCUCCAUCAGUGACCUCCCCCAACUGGAGCCUUACUCGCCGCUGGCCCAGCGAGACCAGGGCUCCACCCAAGCGCAGGACGCUUUGGGAGGCUUCUCGAGCGGAGCUGUGGACGGAGAGGACAAAGGUGGGCUCGUUUCCGGCGGGCUCGACUCUUUAUCGGAGUACACUCUCCCUGGGGGACGAGUGUGUCACAGCUUCAUCCCUGGGAUGCGCAACCACGGUUCUGCGCAAGCGAACGGCCCAGCAGGAACAAACCUCUCAAUGCUGUCCAGGAAUCCCCUGGCGGGCACGCACGAGUUCCGUCAGGCCUGCCACGCCUGUUACAGCCGAAUAGGUCCGCGAGUGAUGGAUUAUAAAUACCAGCCGGAGGCGGCGCAUCGAUGUAAGCGGGACGUCCUGCUGUGUCGCCUCAAGAACAAUGACGACCCCACCUGGAAGAGGAUUCGGCCCCGGCCGGCACGCAACAACUUCUUGGGGGCCUUUGUACUCUGUAAAGAGGUUCAGGAACGCCAGGAGUGCCAGUAUGGUGAGAACUGUACCUUCGCAUACUGCCAGGAGGAAAUCAACGUGUGGACGCAGGAGAGGAAGGGCGCACUGAGCCGAGAGCUGCUCUUCGACCCCCUGGGGAGCACGGAAAGGCGCGCGCUCAGUGUCACUCGACUGCUGCAGCUCCACAUGGGCAUGUUCAUGUUCCUCUGUGAGGAAUGUUUUGACAGUAAGCCUCGCAUCAUAAGCAAGCGCAGUAAAGAAAACUUGGCGGUGUGUUCCAACCUCACAGCCCGACACCCAUUUGAUGACAAUAAGUGCCUGGUGCACGUAGUGCGCUCAGCCAACGUGCGCUACAGCAAGGUGCGCCCCCUCCACCCUCUGUGUCAGUUUGACGUUUGUCGCCACGAGGUUCGCUACGGUUGCCAGCGCGAGGACAGCUGCUCCUUUGCACACUCGGUCAUAGAACUCAAAUGUUGGGUGCUUCAACAAGACACCGGCAUUACCCAUGAGGAGAUGGUGCAGGAGUCCAAAAGACAUUGGCAGAGAUUAGAACAGAAUGCGCAGAAGCCACAGAGGCCAAUCCACAUCCCCCACCCAAGCAGCAGCAUGCCUGUCGGGGGAAUGGGAGUCAGCGUCGGGGGAGGAGAUGGCAUCGGCGGGGCUGGCGUCUCCACGGUGGGCGGGAUGGGGGUGGGAGCGCUUGGCGGCACCGGGCGGGGCCGCCCCCUCAACCUGAAAAUGAAGUUUGUGUGCGGCCAGUGCUGGCGAGAGGGACAGGUGAACGAGCCCGACAAGAACCUCAAGUACUGCACUGCCAAAGCACGACAUAGCUGGACGAAGGAGCGUCGAGUGUUGCUGGUGAAAUCCUUUGAGAAAAAGAAGUGGGUUGUUGUUCGGCCUCUCCCUUUCUCGCGCAGCUAUCCGCAGCAAUAUGACAUGUGCGUGCACGUGAUGAAGCAGAAAAAGUGCCACUACAUCGGCAACUGCUCGUUUGCCCACAGCCUGGAGGAGAGGGACGUGUGGACGUACAUGAAGAACAACAGUUUGAGAGACAUGCAACAGAUGUACGAGCUGUGGCUGCAGCUAACCAAUCAGAGUCGGCGCACCGACAACCCCGCCGUGACCCCUCCCCCGGAGGACAAGCAGGUCACCAUCACAGCGGACUACAGCGAGAGCAUGGGAGGCCGGCGGUUGUCCGACGGAGACGACCUCUGAGUGUUGGCCAAUGACCGCCGAGUUGCUGACAGAGACCGGCGGCAACUCAACAGCCUGUCAUCUCACCACUUUGCUCUCUUGCCUUGUUGGGAGCUGAUGUAUACACACUCACACACACACACAUUUACACGACACAAAGCCACAAAUCACAGCCAUCAAUCACCACAUUGAAGAAGCUUCGUUUGUUCCCGCAGUGCACGUAGUUCCCCCACUCCCCUCUGUCUGAUUCCACUGCAGGAUAAGUUUAGCGUUGACUAAAGUACAUCUAAUUGAAAAUGUGCGUCCAUCGGACACCCACCCGUUUUUUUUGUUUGUUUGUUUGUUUUAAAUCCUCACAGCACCCAAAGCAAUUCUCGAAUGAGCGCGCUGGCCGCGGAUCGUGCGUUUUGCUUGGCAAUAAAGGAAGAUUCUCUCGGAAGAACGGAGCGGCCGUGCUAAAAGUUGACCUUUUCAACUUGAUCGUGCCAAAAUAAAUAAUGCGCUCCAACGUGCUGUUCGAAGGCGUAGUGAGACCCAAGUAAGCGUUAAAAAAAAAAAAGUAAGCGGUUAAAAAAUAAAUAAAUAAAAGGGUCUGGUGGACACCCUUAAUUUUGCUGCAGUGUGACCAAA